CGAACGCCGCUCAGUACGGCUUACAAGCUGGCCCCUCGCAGUUCAACCGAGCAACUGAACAUCAGUUAACGCGAUAACGCGGGUGUCCACACGCAACUGAACGCGAUGCUCACAUAAUUGCUCUGUUCCCAUCGCUUAUAAUUGGUUGGUCCGAUUCAACUCGAUUUAGCCGUCGUUUCAAUGCGUUUGUAAAAGCUUGGUUGUUUAGUGGUCGGCCCGGGCCGAAAAUUAGGGCUACCAUGGUCACGUAGCUUACUUGUUGAUGCGCCUUUCGUGCUCAUCCUGAGGAAAUGAUAGAUCUUCAUCAAAGAUCUCAAGUAUCAGUCGAAGCAAGCGCCUUCCUCGGAUUCUCAGUUGCUGUGGUGUUCGUAUGCCUCCUAUUCUUGCUCUACUUCAAUCGAAAAUGUACAAAUACAAAAAACUGCAACGAUGAGGUCUUCACUAUCUCUGGACCCACUGCUCACAUGGUUCGGAAAGGGGCAUCGUUUGAGCGGGAGCUGGGCAAGCAGGAGUUUGGGGAGGAGGUAUUUAAGCGGCUGCAGAUGAAAAUCAAAAAACAUCACCCGCACGAAGGUUCCAAACUGCCUUCGCAAAUCAACAUCAAUGUCCAUACAAGAGAUGGGAGCGGUGACCUGAUAUCGCUAGCGGAGAAAGGACGUAUGGGACGCGGGAGUUGCAGUUCCUCCACCAGCGGCUCCUCGACCAGCGGAGAGGAGGAGCACGCCCUCCGGCACAGGGACUCCAGGUACACGAACCGACCAGAACGCCCAGACCGGCUUCUCGGCCUCGCCAGGCUACAAGACGACCGGGCACAGCAUUGCGUGGUGACGAUGCCGCAGGAGAGUUCGAUGACGUCGCCUGUGGAGUCGUGUCGCUCGACGAUGUCGCCGCUGGAGUCGCCGCGGGUGGUGACGUUCGGGGAGCGGCACCGGCAGUCGUCGAGCGAGUCGCGCUCCUUCUCGCUCGGCUCACCGGGGACCGAGACGGACGACUCCUCCCUGGAGGGGCACUGCGGCUACCUGGAGGUCGCCUUCGCCUACGACGCCCCCAUGCGCAAGAUGACUGUCCACGUCCUCCAGGCCCGCGGCAUCUCCUCCGCCGACCGAGGGUCCCUCCCCUCCGCCUUCACUCACUCACAAGUACGCUUACAACUACUGCCAAGUAAGAAACAAAAACACAAAAGUAAAAUUCGUCAUGGCGAAAACCCUCAAUUUGUAGAGAGCUUCAUGUUCAACAGAAUCAACCCAGAGGAGGUAAACGGCAUGGGAAUACGGGUACGACUUUACGCAUGCGCAAGAAUGCGGCGCGUUCGGCUUAUUGGUGAAACGGUCGUUGCUUUCGCGUCAAUCAAUCUGGAGCUGGAGAAUAAUAUCUGGCUCACGCUGGAGCCCAAAGUCAGCAGCUCAGCGCUGAGCAUUUUAAACUGCGACAAAGCGAGCCUUUCGUGCAGUGAGAGUGUUGCUGAGAGCACCAUUUCCAUGCAACACGGUGGAGUGGCCGAACUCCUGGUCGGCCUUGCCUACAAUCCCACCACCGGAUGCCUCUCCGUCGAAAUUAUCAAAGGCAGUCAUUUCCGGAACCUCGGGAUGACUAAAGCACCUGAUACGUACGUCAAAUUAUGGCUUGUAAGCAGCACGGGGGUUGAGAUCGCUCACAGUAAAACAUCAGUUCGGCGAGGCCAGCCCAAUCCCCUUUUCAAGCAAACUUUCAUAUUCCAGGCGGCCUUAUUCCAGUUACCGGAUGUGACGUUGAUGGUGGCCGUUUACGACAGGCGCCCGAUGAAGCGGAAGGACAUGCUGGGGUGGUUCUCGCUGGGACAGAACAGCUCCGGUGAGGAGGAACUCGCGCACUGGGACGACAUGCGCCAGGUGAACGGCGAGCAGAUCGCGCGCUGGCAUGUCCUCCUGGACACUUGAACACAACGAAGCUCGCGCCGUGGCGAGCAACCAGCAACGACCAACCAACCCCCAGCUCCGUUCUAGCCAGGUGCAGAGUGGGCCUCUCUGCUCUUCUGAGAGCCGAUCAAAGACGGGAGAGAUGGACCAGGGUGGCAAAAUUUCAUGGUAUAUAAAAUCUUGAAAUUUCACGUGAUAUAUUUCAUGAAAUUUUCAGAAAUUUAUGAAAGAGCUGAAAAAUA